AUGGCAUCCAAAUUCAAAUCACAUACGCACAAAGCUUCAUCUACACAACGAAGGGUAAAUCCUAUAAAUCAUUUUAAUGUAAUAAUUCGUAAACAAGUUUCAGGGGCUCAACAAGAUUUGUCUUAUUGGAACUGUAAAUUGAAAUUAUCGACCAGUUGUCCUAAUUCUGAUGUGACAUUUUUUUUGUACACUAGUGGCCGUACAAAGCGACGAUUUCAUAUAGACUUGAAAAAUAAACAACCUUUGCACUACAGUGGAUGGAAUCCCAACAAAUUGAACGUUAUAAUUAUUCACGGCUUCAACGGUGCGGAAAAUCAAAAUCAUAUGACAAUCAUUAGAAACGCGUAUCUAAAACGUGGAGACUUUAACGUGUUCACUGUAGACUGGAUGCCUUUGACAAGGUACCCUUGUUACCUGUCAUCGUUGAGCAACAUGCGCUUAGUAAGUCUAUGUGCUGCUCAAUUCUACUCCCAUCUUACAUACUCCGGUGCUUCCGCUUUUAAUAUACACUGUGUUGGACAUAGUUUAGGCGCACACUUAUGCGGAAUGAUUAGUAACCAUUUGACAUUAAGACAGCACAAAAUCAUCGGGUUAGAUCCGGCGAGACCUCUCGUGUCAAUGUUUUCGUCGGACGAAUUCCGUUUGACAAGAGACGACGCCAACGUGGUCGAAAUAAUACACACCAACAUUGGAAUGUACGGAGAUACACCACGAACUGGAGAUGUAGACUUUUGUGUAAACGGAGGUCGCCUACAACCCGUUUGCUCUAGAGAAUCCAAUAUUAUCCGACAAGGUCGGUGUAGUCAUUUAACGAGCACUUGUUACUUUGCGGAAUCGCUCGUCAAGAACCGAGUUCAUUUCCUCGGUAUUCCUUGUACGGAUUCCUGCGACACAUUACUUCUCCCGAAAAAUUCAAAACAGAUUGUAUUCGUACCCAUGGGCUUGCACACUCCAGAAAGGACAAAAGGUACUUUCUGUGUUCAGUACAAAAUUAGCCGAAAAACUUGUCCAUUCGAGUAGUAAGUAGAAAAACCUUUUCCUUA